CCGCGAAACUCCCGCCUUAGCUCGAUACUACUUUUUGGCAAUAUAUAUAUGUAUGUAUAUAUACAUAUAUGUAUACAUAAAUAUGUAUAUAUAUUUAUUAUAUAUAAAAUAAGUACUUAGAUUGUCCUGUGCUGUGAACUUGUAUUUUUAAUAAUAAUUUCGGAUAAAAAUAAGAUCGCAAGUGAAUAACAUUGUACUUCACGCAUAAUAACGGAUCGUACACAAAACGACAUCGAAGACUGGUAUCCAAGUAUCACCUUCUGAAAAGUUGACGGAUUCUGAAAAAGCUAUCAAAAUGCUGGAAAAAAAUCAACUACUUAAAAUUAAUACAAAUACAGGUCUACCAACCUGAAAAACGUAAACGUUUAAAUGAAAAAAAAUCUCUAGUUAUGAGGAACGAAACUGGAAUAUUUUUCUGGAAUGAGUCAAUAAUGACUCGUGAUUUCAAUUAUACGGAUUACAAUUCAACUUAUAAUGCGAAUCGAACAUCUGAUGACUUAUGGGAUUUAGCAAGUGAUCGUGCCAUAUUGGCCGUGAUACUGAUAUUAUUUUCAAUGGCGACGAUUUUCGGGAAUGGUUUAGUGAUACUAGCAGUAUUCCGUGAACGUUAUUUACAUACAGCGACGAAUUAUUUUGUGACAUCCUUAGCGUUUGCCGACUGUCUAGUUGGAUUAGUUGUGAUGCCAUUCAGUGCAAUAUAUGAAGUAUUAGAGAAUCGCUGGUUGUUCACUACAGAUUGGUGUGACGUGUGGCGUUCAUUGGAUGUAUUAUUUUCAACAGCGUCAAUUUUGAAUCUGUGUGUUAUUAGCUUAGAUCGUUAUUGGGCAAUAACUGAUCCGUUUACCUAUCCAAUGCGUAUGAGCCGUAGACGUGCCGCAAUAUUGAUAGCAAUUGUAUGGGUUUGUUCGAGUGCAAUAUCGUUCCCGGCCAUAGCGUGGUGGCGUGCAGUCCGUACUGAGAUAGUGCCGAAAGACAAAUGCCCGUUUACAGAAAAUUUAGGGUAUUUGAUAUUUUCAUCGACAAUCAGUUUUUAUUUACCAUUGUUUGUAAUGGUGUUUACUUAUUACCGUAUUUAUCGAGCUGCUGUGAUCCAAACACGUAGUUUGAAACUUGGUACAAAACAAGUAAUGAUGGCGUCAGGUGAAUUAGAACUUACUUUACGAAUACAUAGGGGAGGUGCUACGAAUACUGAUGCAAGGCAUUUAUUUCGUACGGCAUCAAGUACGCCAGAAGAGAUCCAGGACAUGGAAGAACCACUUACUUUACAUAAUAAUGGACUUUCACGUAUGCCGUCAACAAGAAUGAACAAUAAACAAAAUCUGGGAAAAAAUUUUUCUUUAUCACGUAAAUUAGCUAAAUUCGCAAAGGAAAAAAAAGCUGCUAAAACGCUUGGAAUAGUUAUGGGCGUUUUUAUCGUCUGUUGGUUGCCAUUUUUUGUGGUUAAUCUACUGUCUGGAUUCUGUGCAAGGUGUAUUUGGAACGAGGAAAUUGUUUCCGCUGCAGUCACAUGGUUGGGGUGGAUUAACAGCGGGAUGAAUCCUGUUAUCUACGCUUGUUGGAGUCGUGAUUUCAGACGAGCAUUUGUACGAAUAUUAUGCGUUUGCUGCCCCAGAAAGAUGAGAAGAAGAUAUCAACCUGCCUUUAGAUGUAAACCUAGUCAGACUAAAAAAAUAAGACGCAAGAACCAGUCGAUGAAAAAUCGGUACGUAGGAGGAAUGGGACCAGCUCAAACAAGUAGUGUAAGUUAUAGCAGUGUAUCACAGAGUAGUGAGGGAGGUGCUUACAGUGGAGUAACGACAACAAGCACGCCAUCCUCAAACUCUGGGACUUGACGUCAGGCAGGGCCUAAAUUAGGGCCGAAACGAGAUCGUGCAAUACGUUUUCGUGAGACGUGAUUAACGGAGGAAUCUAAUACUCUUCAAGUGCCAUCAACAAUUCUUAGUGAAGCAAUCAAUAAUACAGCAAUAGACGAUCAUAUUUACAAUGAUAUUAUUCUUGAUGAAAUUGAAUUAGACGAACUGUAUGAAAUUGAUGAAGAUGAUGAUGAUGAUGAUGAUGAAUAUGAAGAUGAUGAUGAUUACGAUGUAAGAUUUAAAUUUUGGAAACACCGACUGGACAGUUCAAUUCCUGAAGAAGAUGAAGAUGUAUGUGAUGACGAACAAACUUAAAUUAUAAAUAUCUGUAAAUAAAUAUUUUUUAAAUUAUAGAAAAUUUAAUUAUUAGCGUAAUAUGAUGUGUAAUUAUCACUUAAGGAAGUAUUAGCCGAUAAAAUUAUCACCUAUAGUUUUUUACUUAAAAAUUGUGCCAAAUGUUGGAAAAUAUGUUAAAAGUCAUUCUACCAAAGUUGAUUAACUUUACAUAAGUACAAAUAUUUCAGUCACUACGCAAGAUUUAAAUUUUACAAGCGUUAUUUAAUAAAUAAAGUAGACAUUUGAUGACAGCAUAAAUGAUAAAUAAUGCAAUUUA